AUGGCGCACUCCUCGCUCACCUACGAGGUGGUGCUGGGCGCGCACGACCUGGCGGUGCCCAUGGGCACGGAGCAGCGCAUCCCCGUGCGCAGCGAGGACAUCUUCGUGCACCCCAAGUGGAGUAGCUUCUGCGUGGCCUGCGGCAACGACAUUGCGCUGCUGAAGCUGUCGCGCGGCGCGGUGCUGCAGCGCGGCGUGCAGAGCGGGCGCCUGCCGCCCGCCGGCGACGUGCUGCCCGACGAAUACCCCUGCUACCUGAGCGGCUGGGGACGCCUCUCCACCGGGGGGCCGCUGCCGGACACGCUGCAGCAGGCGCUGCUGCCCGUGGUGGCCCACGAGCGCUGCACGCAGCCCGACUGGUGGGGCGCCYUGGCCGUCCGGAGCACCAUGAUCUGCGCCGGCGGCGGCGAGCAGUCCGGCUGCAACGGCGACUCGGGCGGCCCCCUCAACUGUCCGACGGCCGACGGCGGCUGGGAGGUUCACGGCGUCGCCAGCUUCGUGUCCUCGCUGGGCUGCAACGCGCCCAAGAAACCCACCGUCUUCACGCGCGUGUCCGCCUUCAAGGACUGGAUCAACGAGAUCAUGAGCAGCAACUGAGCACCAGCAGUAUGAAUAAAUCACAGUU